CUGCAGGUUGACAGCGCAGCUUCUCCCUAUCCCCGUCCGGAGACUGCGUGCGGGGGCUGGUGUGGGUGCAGCCAGCGAUCGGCAGUGUUAUAAAAGCUGCGGUGCUUCGCAAGGCAGGAGCGUGCGAGUAUUUCUGCAGCCGCCUAUUCCGCGCCUGAUUUUUUUUUUUUUUUUUUUUUUACGGAUUGUGUCCCCCACCACAUCGUCCCCUUCCCCCCCUCUCGGAUAACUCUUCUCUGAUAAGGAAAGUCUGGUGUAUGGUUUUGGCUGAAGCUCCCAAGAUGUCUCGUACCGACGAGGUCCACCGUAUAACGGAGAAUGUCUACAAGACCAUCAUGGAGCAGUUCAACCCCUGCCUGCGGAACUUCGUUGCCAUGGGGAAGAACUACGAGAAGGCCCUCUCCAGUGUGACAUUUGCCGCCAAGGGCUACUUCGACGCUCUCGUGCGGAUGGGAGAGCUGGCCAGCGAGAGUCAAGGCUCCAAGGAUCUUGGGGACGUGCUGUUCCAGAUGGCUGAAGUUCAUCGACAGAUCCAGGUUCAGCUAGAGGAGAUGCUGAAGUCGUUCCACAACGAGCUGCUGACCGAGCUGGAAAAGAAGGUGGAGCUGGAUGCCCGUUACCUGACCGCAGCGCUGAAGAAGUACCAGAUGGAGCAUAAGAGCAAAGGUGAGAGCCUGGAGAAAUGCCAGGGGGAGCUGAAGAAGCUGCGGAGGAAGAGCCAGGGGAGCAAGAACCCGUCCAAGUAUAGCGACAAGGAGAUUCAGUACGUGGAGACCAUCGGCAGCAAGCAGAGCGACCUUGACAGCUACAUCGCCGAGAGCUACAAGACGGCGCUCUCAGAGGAGAGGAGGAGGUACUGCUUCUUAGUGGAUCGCCAGUGUGCCGUGGCCAAGAACAGCAACGCCUACCAUGGCAAGGGCAAAGAUCUCCUGACCCAGAAGAUCCCGACCUGGCAGCAGUCCUGCUCGGACCCCAACAAGCUCCCAGAGCGAGCCAUCAUCCUUGCCCAGCAGCUGACCGCGCGCGGAGGCGGCCUCAUCUCCAGCCCUGUGCACUCCUCCAAAAGCAAUCUAGUCAUCUCAGACCCCAUCCCCGGGCCCCAGCCGCUGCCGGUGCCCCCCGAGCUGGCGGCCUUCAUGGGUAGCUCCCAGAGGAUGCUGGGAGCGGACGGAAUGUCCCUGAUGAACGGCACGACGGGGGUCCAUGGGGAUGAGUACCAGCACUGGGCCGAGGGCCCAGUGGGCCAGGUACGGUCAUCCUCCCCCCAGCCCCAAGCCCAGACCCAGAGGCAGGUCAGCGACGUGUACUCCAACACGCUGCCUGUCCGCAAGCCGGCUCCCGCCAAGAGCAAGGCUUCCGUGGGUGAGCCGAGGACACUGCCCAGGUCCAGCUCAAUGGCGGCAGGACUGGAGCGUAAUGGCCGGACUCGCGUGCAGGCCAUCUUCUCCCACACCGCUGGAGAUAACCGCACACUGCUGAGUUUCACCGAGGGUGACAUCAUCACGCUGCUGGUUCCAGAGGCACGGGACGGCUGGCACUAUGGCGAGAAUGAGAAGAACAAGAUGCGUGGUUGGUUCCCCUUCUCCUACACGCGUGUCCUGCCAGACAGUGAGAGCGACAAGCUGAGAGUCAACCUGCACCAUGGGAAGAGCAGCAGCACGGGGAACCUGCUGGAGCGGGACGACUUGGGCUUUCCAGCGGCCGACUACGGCCUGACAGCCCGCAUGCUAGCGCAGAACCUGGCUCACAGCAGGCCCCGCCCCUACAGUGUGGCGCUGUCGGGCUUCUCACAGCCAGCACAUGAUGGGUACGAAGACCGGUUUCCUAUAAGUUUGAGUCCAGAGCUUUCCCGCUUUUGAGAGCACAGCAACUCCCCACUCUAUACCAGAUGUGAGCCCCAUACCCCUUGCCCCGGAUGUCCAGUUCUACUAGCUAUGACAUGUCCAGGACAGCCGAAACCUCCUCUGCCUCCACCGGACCCGGAUGGGACCAGGCACCUUGUUCUCCCCCCCCCACCCCCCCACCCCCAGUCCCACCACACCUGGACAGUCUUUGAUGUGUCGGUAACAUUCUGCACAGGGUCUUCGCACAAAAAAAAAAGGGACUGAAGGAUACUCUACUCGUUUCUGGUUUCUUUUGUAUAUUGACCAAUGGUGGUGUUGUCAUUCCUUUUCAUCCUCACCCCCCGCCCCCCAAAGCUCUGGGACUCCCAAGAACCCCCCCCCCCCCCCCCCAAUUGUACACCUUAAUGGCUCAAAUGACUUUGCCUUUCAUUAUAACUCUGCACCUUAGAGCGCUUUUGAGAAGCAACUUUUUACAACUCUGUAAUUGUAUAAAUACAAGCUCCCCAAUUGCUUAAUUGCACUCUAAGUAUUUGCUUCAAAAAUUUAUGUAUGUAUUUUGAAUGUAGGGUUUAGUGAAGAAUGUAUAUGUUUAGCCUUGGAUAGGUAUGGAUCUAAUAUUUUAAUGGGGACUCGGACCAAACAAAAUGCUCCUCUCUUUUUGACGUUUAUUUAUAAAAGUUUUGGCAUGAUUCCUGUCUGUUCUACUUUGCUGUAGAGGUUUUUAAAUGGGGUAGGUCUCUCUUUGGAGUCCGCCCUGCUUAAACCAUCCACAGUCAACUUCUGAAUCAUUCUGUGGUGGCAGGUCUGUACAAAUGCUUAUCUUCUUUUAAUAACGAUGUAAAUUUUGUUCGUUUCAGCAGUAAGUUGUUCUAAGACAUGGCAUCACUCAGUAGACAGGCUUUAGAUUUAGUGAGCUUUUUAAGGUCUUUAACACAAUAUGUAAUGCCUACAAGGGAGGAGAAAUACAGUGGCUUUUGUUCGCAAGAGAUACGGGCACCAUUCGGCGAAUGAAUGGAUUUAAUACUUUGUUGACAGUGUUUGGAAGACUCUGCCCUACAGCUGGACAUCUUGGCUCGUUCCCUCCUCCGUGGCGAGUCAGGACCGGUGUGUACUUGGUGCUCAGUGUCACCGCUCCACCGCGGCUGACGUCGACAGUGUCGAUGGCACAUGUCCAGACCAGAGGGAUUUAUAGAAAUACCUUGGUUGUGUUUUUCUUUUUAAUGGAAGCAUGUCAGGGGGAAAAAAUAAAAAAUUAUUCUUGCUCAUAA